AUGACAGAGCCUGAUGCAGCGAGUCUUGCUCGACUCUCCAUGACUGGACAAGCGAAGCGACGCAAGGUCGACUUGUAUGGCGGGGCGAUGUCGGCAGAACUUCCCGCAGAGCUGAUUGACGCAUCAGACCUGCGACAAGUACCCGACUAUCAAGAGUGCUUUGUACAUCCUGUACACAAAGAUCAGUCUCUCAUUAUCGAGCUGCUCGAUAUCAAUGACGAUGAGGAAGGGGUGAUCCCUACGAAAGAUGCUGGUGUGGAGGAGAUAUUGAAAGCUUCCAUCAGACGGCAUUUCGCAGCCCUCGACGAUGCUCAAGGCCCAGAAGAUACCGUUAGUGUAGAAACGGCAAGUAAUCAGACAUUCAGCUUGGAAACACCCUUCACCGUUCCCAAUGGCGGUGAAGCGAUCCGUCAAGCAGCUAUCUUGCAAGGAACGCAUCGACUACAAAAGUUCAAUGAGGGAACGCGCAAAAGGGUGAGAGUCGCCAUGGCACUCGUGAGGCUCGAGGCAGUAGGCACAGAGUUGCUCAUUACGCUCUUUGAUGCUGAUGAGACCGCAGGCGAAGGUGGAUUGACGGAUGAUGAGGCAGACCAGCAACCAACAAAGAAACCGACAUCGCCUGUCAGGGAGGCAGAAAAAGCACAGGCGAUAUCACGUUGGGACUCAGUAUUGGCAAUUAUGCAGUCUGUGCGAAUCUUGGAAUGGACGUUAUUUCCUGAAUACGCACCGGAUGGAUACAGCAAGUGGGCAUAA